AUGACGUCUUCAUUGGUGAUUGCGCUUUAUCGUACAUUAUUGCGGUCUACUCAGACACUGCAGCAUGAAGUGGAAGCUGGUCGGACGCUGUUUAAUGCUGUCCGCUCAGGUGCCGUAUCCUCAUAUACUGGCGUCAAGAGCGACUGGCAGCGUGAACGUCUGUUCGUACGUCGCUUGGAGGACAUGACAGUGUUAACACGACGGAGACGAAGCGACAAAGCGUUUGCUGCAAUUGUACGCGCUGGAUUUACCCAAUUAGUGGAUAAAGAGGAUAAAGCGGCUCUUGAUGCUCGGAUUGAUGCCGCCUUUGAUGCUCUUAAAGGCGUCGAUGAUCAUAAUGCAUUAAUUCACGAGUAUAAGACUCAAGGGGUUUUUGAACCAAAGAAACGGACAAAUGCGAUCGAGUUUUUAGUUGGAGAUGUGGUAGAAGUGAAAGGAGAGAAAAGAGGAGUGAUAGUUGCGUGGCAUGUCAUCGCUGAUACAGUGGAAGAAACUACAGGUGCUCGGAUCGUGUACGAUAUUCUGCCGCACAGUCCUGACUUUAGCUUCGCUAGUAAGUUGUAUGACGUGCCACAAGAUGAAUUACGACUUGAUCAAGCGCCAAAGGCUGUUGUACAUCCGGCACUGUUGCUUUACUUCGACGGAUUUGAGGGUACUCACCAUAUCGCGUCUGAAGCUUUGGCAGCUAGAUAUCCAAGUGACAUUAUAAAAAAACCUGAAGAUGCUGCAAUAGUUGUCGCUACCCCGUCGAUCAUUCAACUCCAAUCUGCCGACGAAGACAAAUUACUGAUGUACUUGCGCUGUGACGACAGUACGAUUAUCCAGUUUGCUAUGGCUAGUCUUGAGGGAAUAUGGCUCGGUGAGGGUGGGCAAAGUGCACAAGAUGAGGUGCAGCGUGCUGUUGAGCUUGCAGAUCAGAAGAAAUGGGACGAAGCCCGCGAGAUGCUUAAGCAGGUCGUGCAUGACUCUUCAGAGUAUGCGUAUGCAUGGAACAAGCUUGCCAUGGUGGAGUAUCAAAGCGGCAAGUUUGGCAAAGCACUGAGUCACUUCGAAACUGCGGUCAAGUUGAAGCCGCAACUUCUCGAUGCUCUUGUAGGUCUCGGGAUUUGCGCCACAAGGCUCCAGCGAUGGAGUAUAGCGCACAGCGCCGCAGUACAAUUGCUAAAAGUGCAGCCAAGCAACGACACUGCACGAAUGCUCAUUGAGCAAGCCGUGUAUGCUACGCUGCAGGCGGAGUCAAGCACGAAAACUUGA